GAAUGUGCUUAAAAAAACACAUUCACAAACACACACACACACACAAAAGCACUUCAAGAUUUCAAAAAAAAAACAAAAGUAAAAGCAUGUUUCAUGCAGAACCCCAUAACUUCUUCAAGCAAAAGGCUCUAACCCUACUUUUUCUAGCUCUCUUACUUAGUUUCAUAACCAAAAGUGACCACUUUUUCUCAACCUCAAGCAACUCUCUUCUAAUAACCUCAAAAAUGCCCCACCAAACCCAAACCAUCCAAUCUAUUGCACUCUCAUCCAUAGCAAAAAUCACGUUCGACGGCCAUUUAUCCUUCGAAAACAACGAGCAUGCGGCUAAGGACUUUGGCAACAGAUGCCACUACACUCCCUGGGCCGUUCUACACCCAAAAUCAGUCUCCGAUAUCUCCUCUUUAAUAAAGCAUAUUUACGAGUUGGGCCUAACCUCAGAUAUAACAGUAGCCGCCAGAGGCCACGGCCAUUCUUUGGAGGGCCAGGCCCAGGCCCAACAAGGUAUUGUCAUCGGCAUGGAAUCACUUCGUGGGCUCGGAAUGCACUUUCAUCACUUGGGUGGCAAAAAACCGUACGUGGAUGUACCAGCUGGUGAGCUUUGGAUAAAUAUUCUGCACGAGAGCUUAAAGAGAGGCUUUGCGCCAAAAUCGUGGACCGAUUAUCUUCAUCUAACUGUCGGGGGAACUUUGUCCAACGCUGGAAUAAGUGGACAGGCUUUUAAACACGGGCCGCAGAUCAACAAUGUGUACCAACUACAAGUUGUCACAGGCAAGGGAGAAAUUGAAAAUUGCUCCGAGGAUCAAAACAGAGACCUUUUCCAUGCUGUACUUGGCGGGCUUGGACAAUUCGGUGUUAUUACCCGAGCGCAAAUCGCCUUAGAGCCUGCUCCUAAAAUGGUUAAGUGGAUUAGAGUACUUUACGAAGACUUCUCCACGUUCGCUAACGACCAAGAGCACUUAAUUUCUAUCAAGAAUUCGUUCGAUUAUGUGGAAGGUUUUCUCAGCAUAAAUCGAACCGGUUUGUUGAAAUACUGGGGCUCGUCUUUCACUCCGAAAGAUCCUGUUCGAGCAAACCAGUUCACUUCCGAAGGUAAGGUUCUGUUCUGCCUAGAAGUCGCCAAAUACUACAAUCCUGAAGAGAAGGAUUACAUUGAUCAGGAAAUAGAUGUCCUGUUGUCUGAACUGAAUUAUAUCGAGACGACACUUUUUCUUACGGAGGUCUCGUAUCUCGAUUUUCUGGACAGAGUGCACGUUUCGGAAAUAAAACUCCGGGAAAAAGGUUUGUGGGAUGUGCCACAUCCAUGGCUAAACCUUCUAAUCCCGAGAAACGAUAUUGACGAAUUUGCCCAUGGAGUAUUCGGAAAGAUUGUCAAAGAUACCAACAAUGGUCCUGUCCUGAUGUAUCCUGUCAACCAAUCAAGGUGGAUACGUGGCACAUCCUUAAUCACGCCUGACGAGGAUGUGUUUUACAUGGUUGCAUUUCUAUACUCGGCAACUCCAUCUUCUACUGGGAAUGAUAGCUUAGAACAUUACUUAAAGCAAAACGAAAAAAUUCUAAGUUUUUGCCGAAAUUCCAAUAUCACGGCUAAACGGUAUUUGACCCGUUACCCUACACAAGUGGAGUGGAAAGAUCAUUUCGGGACUAAAUGGGAAGUUUUUCAGAGGAGGAAAUUGAAUUAUGAUCCACUAGCAAUCCUAGCUCCCGGACAAAGAAUAUUCCGAAGGGAAAAAGACGCGUUUGUUUAAAAUGAAAGGAAAAUUUGAAUGUUGCUCGUUCAGUAUUUAGAGGUUUAUGCAAUUUAGCAAGCGCCAUUAGAAGUAAAUUCUUACUGCAUUCAUUUCAUUUCCUGUCAUCUGGUCUCAAUUUCAGAAAUAAAUAUGAACUUUUGGAGCUUUUCAGAAAUUUAGCCAUGGAAUCACAUAAUAUAGCCAGAAAAAUCAAGAAUUAAC